AUGAGCGACUCCAAGGAUAUCAAAGUUAUCCGCGCCACCAGCGUCGACCUGGGCCGUGAAUAUGGCACCGGUUCCUCCAGCUCUCACUCUCCCAUCGAGCAUGGACACCCCGAGAUCAUUGAAGCGAGUCCCGAGCGCGGUCCCAUCGCCCUCGGUGACGAAACCGGCGAAAACAAGAAGUCCUGGCGCUCCAAGUUGGCAUUCUUCAAGACCAAGGAUUUUUGGCUCAUUCUGUGUCUGGGUCAGAUACUGGCUAUCUGCAUUACCGGCACAAACACUUUGACAAGCUUGUUGGCGGCUGAGGGGAACAGCAUCCCCGCCUUUCAGACCCUGUUCAAUUACAUAUUGCUUAAUGUCGUCUACACGGGUUACACUCUUUACAAAUAUGGCUUUAAGAAGUGGCUGAACGUGGUCAUUCACGACGGUUGGAAAUAUAUCAUUCUUGCUUUCUUUGAUGUUGAGGGCAACUACUUUACUGUCCUCGCCUACCGCUACACCACCAUCCUCUCCGCCCAACUCAUCAACUUCUGGGCCAUUGUCGUCGUUGUGGUCAUCUCCUUCACCUUCCUUCGCGUGCGAUACCACUGGGCUCAAGUCCUCGGUAUCUUCGUAUGUAUUGGCGGAAUGGGCCUUUUACUGGCCUCGGACCACAUCACCGGCGCCGAUGGCGGGGACGUUUCUUCCGGCAACCAACUCAAGGGCGACCUGUUUGCCCUCUUGGGUGCGACGUUCUACGGUCUGGACAACGUCUACGAGGAAUGGUUUGUGUCCGGCCGGCCCCUCUAUGAAGUGAUCGGCCAACUUGGCUUCUGGGCCACCAUCAUCAACGGCGCACAAGCCGGCAUCUUUGACCGCCACUCUUUCCGGACUGCGACCUGGAACGGCAAAGUCGGGGGCUACUUGACGGGAUACACGCUCAUUCUGUUCAUUUUCUACACUCUCGUUCCCAUCCUGUAUCGCUUCGCCAGCGCGGCAUUCCAAAACAUCUCCCUCUUGACCGGCAACUUUUGGGGUGUUAUCAUCGGGUUGCAGGUCUUCCAUUUACACGUGCAUUGGAUGUACCCCAUUGCAUUCACGCUCAUUAUGGUUGGCCACUUUGUGUAUUACUUUGGAAAAGGUGUCAUGGGAGAGGCGGCCAAGGCGUGGUUGGGCGAGAACCAGGAGAAAGGGAUUGACGGAUUUGGGAGUGCGAAGAGGAAGCUUCGACUGAUGAACGAGAACGCGGCUGGCGUGACCAGGGGUGGCGAAGGUACAGAGAGUAUGGGUGUGGUGUAA